GGGGUAGAAAGAGAGUUAAAAAGAAGCACAAAGAGAGAGAGAGAGACAUUCUUUCUUCUUUAAUUAACAUUUACUCAAAACUCUGUUGUUUCACACACCAAUUAAAACAAACCCCCCCCCAAAAAAACACCAUUUUUCCUUGGAAGACACAGUCUUUUGUUGUCUUACCUCCAUCAAAAGUCAGCUAUAUUCAAACGUAUAUUUUGGAAUUAUAUAUUGGAGGAAAAGGUGUUUGAUCCGAAGAUUGAUGGUAUUUGCGGUUUCGAUUUGUAUCUGAAUCAGUGAUGACCGAUAGCUUUGCUGUUAAGGUUAUUUGUUAGAUCCUAUGAUAAGGUCUGGCAAUGGUGUCUAUGUUGAACAUGGAGAAGAAAUGGGUGUUUCCCCUUGUUAUAACUUCUCUCAUAUGCACCAUCCUUGUUGUUACUUGCUUCAAUAUGGGGCUUGUUUCUUCGGUUCACAAAAUCAACUCGAUCUUCUCCAUUUUCCCUGCUCAUAUUUCGAUGAAUCAAAGGAAGCCGGGCUAUGCUGAAUCAAAGAUUGACACAGGUCCCUUGCCGCCACCUUCCGGUCCUGCAUUACCUCGUUUUGCAUACUUGGUUUCUGGAUCGAAAGGUGAUCUGGAAAAGCUUUGGAGAACUCUUCAUGCUCUGUAUCAUCCUCGAAAUCAAUAUGUUGUUCAUUUGGACCUCGAGGCACCUGCCGUGGAAAGAGUGACACUUGCUUCCAGAAUAGCCAACCAUACUGUUUUUUCGAAAGUCGGGAAUGUUUAUAUGAUCACCAAGGCUAAUAUGGUUACUUAUCGAGGGCCAACCAUGGUCGCCAAUACUCUCCAUGCUUGUGCCAUUCAUCUCAAUAGAAGUAAAAAUUGGGAUUGGUUUAUCAAUCUCAGUGCUUCAGAUUAUCCUCUCGUGACCCAAGAUGAUCUUAUUGAUGCAUUUUCGGAUUUAAACCGGAACCUUAAUUUUAUUGAACACACAAGUCAGCUUGGUUGGAAAGCGGAUAAAAGGGCUAUGCCUUUGAUUAUAGAUCCCGGACUCUACAUGUCAACCAAGUCCGAUAUAUUUUGGACCUCACAGAGAAGAGCAUUACCUACUGCAUUUAAAUUGUUUACUGGUUCAGCAUGGACAGUUUUGUCGCAUUCAUUUGUUGAGUUUUGUGUUUGGGGUUGGGAUAAUCUACCGAGAACUCUUCUCAUGUACUACACGAACUUUCUCUCCUCCCCUGAAGGUUACUUUCAGACUGUCGUAUGCAAUGUUCCAGAGUUUGCUAAGACUGUUGUCAAUCAUGAUUUGCAUUAUAUUUCAUGGGACACUCCCCCUAAACAGCAUCCGCACAUCCUUACCCUUAAUGACAUGGACAAGAUGAUUCGAAGUAAUGCUGCUUUUGCUAGGAAAUUCAGUCAAGAUGAUCCCGUGUUGGAUAAGAUUGAUAAGGACUUGCUUGGCCGGGAAAAGGGGAGCUUUACCCCUGGUGCUUGGUGUUCAGGCGAGCCAAAAUGUUUGAAAGUUGGAGACAUGAACAAGAUCAAGCCAGGUCCAGGAGCGCAAAGGGUUCGCCAACUCAUAGCUAAGUUAUCUACAAAAGCUAUUCUCGGUCGAGAUCAGUGUAAAUAGGUUUUGUUAUGGGGAUGUUCGAUCAAUGAGGCUGACACGGCUGAGAAAUUUGUAUCUAAUAGUUUUGUUGCAACCAGUAGGUAUUUGAACUCGUAGCAUGUUCAGGUUAAAAAAUGGCACUCAAUAAUUUGGUAAGACUUGAAUUCGAUGAAACAAAGGUUUUAUACUUCUAUAUCCUGGACUUGUUCUUCGAUAUUUUUCUUCCAGAGAGCAAUAAAGUUUCGAUAUAUUGUCGAUUA